GGUGUCCAUCAGGCAUGAUGUUUGGCCAUGUGGCUUUGAUGAAGAUGUGGACUAAGAUCUACUGAUAUGGCCAUUGAUGGCAUCUGUCGGGACUCAGGGGAAUGAUGCAGAAUUUCGAAGUGAUUGUAUUCCUAAGCUGACACGCUGCCAUCUAAAGAAACCCAAACCACCCAAAAGUAGCGUGGUUACACAAGUCUUGCCUAUCUGGAAACUGGAGAAGAAGAAUGCUAAUGUUGGCUACAACAGUCAACCGGUUCAAUGUAUGGUUCCCCAUGCCUAUUGUUUUUCUGAACCAAGUAAGAAGGCACUGUCUAUACCACCGUCUCCUCCUCUGACCCCACCAAAAUACCAGUUUGAAAAUCUCAAGAGAACUUUGGUUUUCCAAAGGCCGCUGAUUUACCAGAGACCUUACACAAGAACUGAAUCUCCAUCUAUAAAGACAAAAGCAGAAGUUCAGAGGUCGUACUCGUCUUCGUACUUCUGUCCUCCGGUCAGGCCUUCUCUUAAGUCUAUCAGAUCUGCUGGGGCCAUGACCUCCUCAUUAAUAGAUAAGUUCCCCCUGCCCAGUGCAGCAGGGGAACCCACUGAGGUUGGUAUCGGAAGACCUUCCAGUGUAUCGGCAAAAAUGUCUUCAGAUGCUUCCAGGCCGCCCCUAAUAACGAACUCUUUCCUACGUCCUACCAGUUCUAAAGUGCCUUUGCCUCCACAGUGGGACAGUAGAAAGAACAAAACUUCUCCAAAUGUUGGAGCCAAGUCUGCUUCCUGGCAUAAUGGCGAGAAAGUAGACUUUGUGUUGCCUAACGGCGGGGUUCCAACGUUCACUCACAAUAGUAUUAUCACAGGGAAUGUUUCCCCCGGUAUUCAGGGGGCAGCCAAAACGGAGGAUGCUACGUGUCCAAUACAUAACAUAACCAAUGUUCCUUACAGAGGGGUCCAGCUCACAGAGGCUGUAAGACGGUUAGCUGGAAGGCAUCUUGACAAUUCUAAACCAGUUUACCAAAAGGAAGAGGCAUUUAUUAGCGGUGAUAAAAAAUCUCCACUCGCCUUCCAUCCUGGCCUUCCAAAUAACACUGCACCUUGCAACCCGACAUCUGAUGGUCAUUGCCUUAAUGACGACAAUGGUAAUCUUUGCAGUGCCAACGUCUGUGCCAAGCUAAUCAACAACAAUCUGAAAGCUGCAGAACGGGACUUUAAUAAUCUUGGUACCCUUAGUCAAUCUACUGAGGCCUCUAUUAUAACAAGUGAACCCCAACUUCCUGUUACUGGGGAAACAGCACAGCGAGAGAACAUAACUGUGAUGGCCUCUCAAAUAUCCACCAUUCAUCUUAAUAGGACUUGUGUGAAAGAGUCUGUUGACCAACCAAAUUCUGCGGCAAGUGACCAAGACCUUCUGGUGCCAAACUGUGAACCUUACUGUGCCGAAGAUGAGCUUCCUGAAGGUCUAGAUGACAGCCAAGAUGAAGAAGAGGAUGAGGAAGAUCCUGAUGACUCUUCUGUUAUCUCCUCCGCUACAACGAUGCCAGGCUCACUCAGGUAUAAUGUUUUAUCAUUUGUCACUGUGCUUGUCUUUAUUUCUAGGCAGUGCACUGAUCAUAUGGAUCCAGCACCUGAAAAUGGGGACUUUGUUCUGAAGCCCGCUCUGACCCCUUGUCUGUUCCCCAACAUUCCUCCGACGCUUUACUUUGGCACUCGGGAUGAGAAAGUGGAACUGCUGCCUUGGGCACAGAGGAAGCUGCUGAAAUGGAAAAUGAGCACGGUGACGCCAAAUAUAGUGAAACAAGCUGUGGCGCGAUCCCACUUCCGUGUUACCAAAAAGAGCCAUGACUGGUUGGGUUGUUGGGGCCAUCACAUGAAGUCUAUGGCCUUCAAGAGCAUCCGGGAAUACCAGAAGCUGAAUCAUUUCCCAGGGUCUUUUCAGAUUGGCCGGAAGGAUCGCCUGUGGCGGAAUUUGUCAAAGAUGCAGGCUCGUUUUGGCCGCAAGGAGUUCAACUUCUUCCCUCAGUCAUUUGUUCUUCCUCAGGAUAUCAAGCUGCUGAGGAAAGCUUGGGAGGAAGGGGGAACACGGCAGAAAUGGAUCGUCAAACCGCCAGCAUCGGCCAGAGGAAUGGGGAUCCAGGUUAUACACAAGUGGAGCCAGCUUCCUAAGAAGAGGCCGCUGCUGGUACAGAGGUACCUGCACAAACCCUACCUCAUCAGUGGCAGCAAGUUUGACUUGAGGAUUUAUGUUUACGUGACGUCCUAUGACCCCCUGAGAGUGUACCUGUUUACCGAUGGCUUAGUGCGGUUUGCUAGCUGCAAGUAUUCAUCUUCCAUGAAAAGUCUGAGCAACAAGUUCAUGCACUUAACGAACUACAGUGUCAAUAAGAAAAAUGUGGACUACAAGGCCAAUGCAGAUGAGACGGCUUGCCAGGGACAUAAAUGGGCACUCAAGGCUUUGUGGACAUACCUCAACCAGAAGGGAUUCAGCAGUGAGAAGAUCUGGGAGAAGAUCAAAGAAAUGGUGAUAAAGACAAUUAUUGCGUCUGAGCCCUACGUAAACAGCCUGGUGAAGAUGUACGUCCAGAACCCACACAGCUGCCAUGAGCUGUUUGGCUUUGACAUCAUGCUGGAUGAGAAUCUGAAACCUUGGGUCCUUGAAGUGAACAUCUCACCCAGUCUGCACUCCAAUUCCCCUUUGGAUGUGAACAUUAAAGGUCAAAUGAUCAGAGAUCUCCUCAAUCUGGCCGCAUUCCACCUCCCCAAUAAAGAAGAUAUAAGCACCAGCAAUGUUGGCUCUGGAGACUCUGCUACUAGCGUGUCUACCAGCGGGAAGGACCGCGGGCGCUCCAUGGAGAUUCUGAAUGACGAAAAGAUGAAGCGGGCACAUUACCUUAGCCAGAAGUUGCCAGAUAAGGAUCUGUAUGCUACGGUGCUGGACCAGCUGACCGCAGAGGAUGUGCGGAUACUGGCAGAGACUGAGGACGAGCUUUCUCGCUGUGGGCAGUUUGAACGCGUCUUCCCCUCGCCCAUCUCCUCGCGGUAUUUGCGCUUUUUUGAGCAGCAGCGUUAUUUCAAUAUUCUCACCAACCAGUGGGAGCAGAAGUACUACAACGACCGAGAGAAGGGACGCGAACUGCUGCAAAGUCUUUGCAUGAUGAAUUUUCACACGGGCUCUGUUCUACUUCCACACUCCCCAGCGAAAUCUCCUGUUCACAGCAUGGUCCAUCUGAACGGCUUUAACCGAGGGGACAUUACAGCACCCAGAGAGCCGUGUGGAACUUCAAUCUGUUACUGCUGCCAGUCUACGGUAACUUUCAUCACCUUCACUCACCGAUCCUCACCUGCUGCCAGCUCUCCAGGUUUUUACACAAGAAAAGCCAAUCUCUUUGAAGACCUCAUCGUGCCAUCAUCAGCCAGACCUCCCAGAGAGAACACGGUUGUGCCAGUCGCUAGCUAA